CUUUGAGUGACAUUUCUCUGGCUAACCCAAACCUUCUCUUGUUCCCACAGGUGAUCUCUGCGCUGUCCAGAAUCUCCCACAACAGCAUUGCACAGAUCAAAGGCAUCAGGCCCUUUCCAUCAGAGGACACAGCGCUGAAUGAAGAUGAUGUGUACCGGAGCUUGGAGGAGCUGGCAGAUGAGCAUGAUGUGGGAGAGGAUGACAUAUAUGACUGCGUCCCCUGCGAGGAUGACGGGGACGACAUCUACGAGGACAUCAUCAAGGUGGAGGUUAGACAGCCUAUGAUCAGAUACAUGCAGGUAAGUGUCACGGUGAACCGCACAUGAUUCUCUUAUGCUCCU